UUAAAAAAUCAAAACAAAUAGGUAAGUCAUUUGAAAAUGAAUCCCGUACUUUUGCGAAAACAGUUACAAGAAAAUGCAUCAGAUUUGCAAGAUUUCUGUAAGGAUCUCAAAAGCUGGGGAGAAGAGAUGAAACGAAAAGAGGAAGCUUUAAAAAAUUGUGACAGCGAGAGAACGUCACAAGAAAAUAAUUCUGAUCAUAAAAAAAUAAAAAAGCACGAUAAAAGUAUUAAGAAGUCAAAGAAGGAAGUCCCGAAGAAACCUGUAACAAAAAUAGGCAUUACAGACUACGGCGCUUGGGAUAAAUUUGAUGCAGAUGCAGAAUGUAAUAAAUUGGAAGACGAUAUAAAUGAAGACUCUGAGUUAACCGAUGAAUGUAACGAUAAUAUGCAGGAUUUAGCCAUAAUCGAGAAGGAAAAAGGAAACAAAUUUGUAAAGAGUCAGAAAUGGGACGAGGCUAUUAAAUGUUAUAGUAGGGCUAUCCAAUAUUACUCUUAUGACCCAAUUUUUUAUGCAAACCGUGCAUUGUGUCACUUAAAGAAGAGCAACUUUGAAGAAGCAGAAAGAGACUGUACUUUGUCAAUAAAAUUGGAUAAAACUUACGUGAAGGCCUAUCAAAGGCGUGCCGCUGCUAGAGAGGUACUAAACAAAUUAGAACAUGCUGAAUUUGAUCUUUCAAAGGUCCUUGCAUUGGAGCCAAAAAAUAAAGAAUCGAGGGAAGCAUUAGAAAAAUUAAGAAAGAAGCUUGGAAAACCUGAUAACGUAUUAGAUCAGCGCCCCAUUUCAAAAUUCACUGCUUCUAGAAAUAAAUCUAACGUAAGCAAACUUCCGAUAGUACCUCCUGUUACCGAUACAACAAAUACUGAUUUUAAAAAUGUAUUUGACACAAGUAAACCGGUCUCAUCUUGGUUGGAAGAAGAUAAUAUCAUAUUAGUAAAACCGAUAAAGAAACCACCUCAUUUACGAUCAAAAGAACCACUAAAAAGAAUUAAAAUCAUCGAGAAAGACAACAGUGUAACAGAAAGUAUAACAUCUGUAAAAUCUGAGCCCGAUGCGAUCAAACAACACGUAUUCGAAAAGCAGGAGAAAUCAGAAACCGUGAAAGACAUCUCUACCUUUAAAGAAGAUAGAUGUGGUGCCAAGAAAGACGUUUCCGCAUUUAAGAGGAGGCAAACUGAGAAGGUUUCGGAAAAAUCGGACCAUUCAACGGCUUUUCCGAGACCUGAUCAACCGUCACCCUCGAUUAAAAGCGACGAUUUUAAAAUUAUUGAAAAGAAACCUCCCGAUUUCUCCAGUCAACUUUCAGCGCUAAGUAAAGCAGUGAAAAAUACUUCCAAUAUAAGCAUAAGUAACGAACACAAAAAAGCAGCGGAUGAGAAGACAAACACUGAAUUUGUAAAACCGAAAACCUCGGUACAGUUCAACUUGAUUUGGAAAAAUUUAAAGGAUACGGCACAAAAAUAUGAGUACUUGAAACAAAUCGAUCCACAAGAUUUCCCGAGAAUUUUCUUGAAUUCGCUGGAGAGCCACGUGUUUAGUGGGAUUUUGGAGGUGCUGGCGAAACACUUCAUUGAAAAUAAAGAUCCCAUUUUCGAUAUUUUGGAUUCCUUCACGCAAGUGAAACGGUUCGGAACGUUCACCAUGUUUAUGUCUUCGUCGGAUAAAAAAAAUCUCUGGAAAAUAUUUGAUUACGUAAAGGAAGUCGAACAGAAGAAUAAGGAAGACGUUGACAGAUUGAUCGAGAAGUACGAAUUGUAGUUCUUCAUUCUAAUCAUUUUUUUUAAUAGUUAUCGAUAUUACUUAGGAUGUUUAAUUUUUUUCAUAAGUUCUUAUUCAA